AUGGUGCCGAGGAUGGUCUGGGCACGUGCACGCAGCCCCCGCCCUGAAGCAGGAUACAGAGGAUACGGGAAGAUAGAGGAGGAGGAUACUGAGGACACGGAGGAGACUGAGGAGAAGACUGAGAAGGAUACAGAGGAGGAGACUGAGAAGGAGGAGACUGAGGAGGAGGAGAGGAGCGCAGGCUCUGGCCGGGCUCGGGAUGCGGUGUGCUGUGACGUGAUAAAGGCGCUGCCCGUGCUCCGUGUGCACGAGGCCCAUGACGUAGCACCGAGUGUUCAGCGGUAA